AUGUGCGCUAGUAAAUGUUGUAAUACUGAAAAAAAUAUAAAGACAUGUGAAUGUUCAAACAAGAUAAGCAAAGGUCCUGGAUGCGUCUCUGAAGGUAACAAAUUCGCUGACUGUGUCUGCGAAAGUGGUAAAUUCGGUUGUGAAGAUGGUAAAUGUGUCUGCAAAUGUGUUUGUAAGAAUGGCAAAUGUGUUUGUGAAGGUGGUGAAUGUGUCUGCAAAUGUGUCUGUAAGGAUGGCAAAUGUGUUUGUGAAGGUGGUGAAUGUGUUUGUGAAGAUGGAAAAUGUGUCUGCAAAUGUGUUUGUGAAGGUGGUGAAUGUGUUUGUGAAGAUGGAAAAUGUGUCUGCAAAUGUGUUUGUAAGGAUGGUAAAUGUGUUUGUAAGGAUGGUAAAUGUGUUUGUGAAGAUAAAAAAUGUGUCUGCAAAUGUGUUUGUGAAGAUAAAAAAUGUGUCUGCAAAUGUGUUUGUGAAGAUGGCAAAUGUGUUUGUAAGGAUGGAAAAUGCGUCUGUAAAUGUGUUUGUGAAGGUGGUGAAUGUGUCUGCAAAUGUGUCUGUAAGGAUGGCAAAUGUGUUUGUGAAGAUGGAAAAUGUGUCUGCAAAUGUGUUUGUGAAGGUGGUGAAUGUGUUUGCAAAUGUGUUUGUGAAGGUGGUGAAUGUGUCUGCAAAUGUGUUUGCUAA